ACUUAUGAUGGAUUCGACCGUAUCCGAUAAUCCCUCCUCUCUGAACCCUCCUGCAACGAAGAGCCUCCGCCUCACAGCCUCAACCCGUUUGCCGUUUCCCUCCGCCGCUUUCCGCCGUUGUACCCAGGAUGGUGAGCCAAAGGCAAAGGCUUGCUCGCCAAAUCUACAAAAAGGCGCACCCGGAACUGUUCCCAAAAGCCGAGCCAGCAGCCCCCAAAGACCCAACCAAGAAGAAGAAAAAGAAGAGCAAGUUGAAGCCCAAGAGAGCAGAGAUGAAAGGACCCAAGUCCACAGAGAAAUCAGAUAAAUCAAAGCUUAGAAAACACCCACUUAGAGUUCCAGGCAUGAAACCUGGCGAGAGCUGUUUCAUCUGCAAAGCUAAAGACCAUAUCGCCAAACAUUGCCCCGAGAAAGCUCAGUGGGAAAGGCACAAGAUAUGUUUGCUUUGUCGACAACGUGGACACAGUCUCAAGAACUGCCCUGAUAAGGGUGAGGAAAAGUUGGAUAAAAAAUUGUGUUAUAACUGUGGGGAAACAGGGCACUCACUUGCUAAUUGCCCCCAACCUCUUCAAGAAGGGGGAACGAAAUUUGCCAGUUGCUUUAUUUGUAAUGAGCGUGGACAUUUGAGUAAGAACUGCCCCAAAAAUUCUCAUGGGAUCUAUCCAAAGGGCGGUUGUUGUAAAAUAUGUGGUGGGGUUACACAUUUGGCCAAAGAUUGUCCUAACAAAGGCUGCAACAACAGUCCAGUUGCUGCAAUUGCUGGAGGUAUUAAACAUGAAGAGAGGCCAAAGGUAACCAAGUUUGUGAGUGGAGACGAUCUUGAUGAUGACUUUAUGGUAGCUGACACAUAUACUGGCUAUAAAGAGAAGUCUUCUGAGGCAAAAGUUCAUCCAACUCCUGAGUCGAAAAACAGUCAUGUAAAACCAAAAAAGAAGCAAGGUCCUAACGUUGUGAAUUUUGUAGGAUGAUGACUUUAUGUCAUUAGAAUGACAUGCAGAACCCAGAAUUUUUUGGAUAAUCUUAUACAUCGAGGUUUUUUGUUUUUUGUUGUUACCACAAAUUGGUUUUGUUUUUAUUACUGGGUGGUGAUUUCUCGACAGAUUAUCUUGCAACCUAUUAGGUGUACUGGAAUGCUUAGUAAAGAACAGAGAAGGGGAUUGCUAAAAUAAUCAGGUGUUGGAAAUUAGAUUUCAUAGCAUUUGUUGCUGGA